GCUGCUUUUCGGUCUGGUUACUACCGUUUAUGUCAGAACCGGUGCGAUACCAGUACCCAUCCCUAGUUUUAACAGGUUACCGUACACAAUAAAAUGUAUCAAAAUGUAAACAUAGCAAACACUUAAGCCUUAUCAGAAGCAAAACACACAAAGGUACUGGUAGUAAAAGCUACCUUUGGCCAAAACUCCCAUUAUUCACAUAUCAUAAAGUUUAGAGGACAGCUCCAUUGUAUAUGUACCUGUCUCUUUAGAAGGAAUAAACAUGGUUAGUAGUUGAUUGCCCCGCAAAUCUAAAAUUUCAUUCUUUUCCAUGUUCUUGUUUGAACGCUACCAAACACAUGCAUGCAGGCACGUUUACUGCCACGUAGUGGUGCAAUAUUAACAGCCAGGGUCAAGGGUCAGGUCAACAUAGACCUUUGAGGUAACCUGAUACAAUGCCACACCGCAGCUUUGUGCCCAUAGAGUCUCUUCAGAUCGUAAGGGCUUGUCUCAUUUUAGUGUGCAGUGGCAUUUGAUUAUUAUUCUGACACUAAACAUGUUGUCACCGCAGAGGUCGGAGUCCAGAAGAGUUUGUGUAACUUGAUGUUUUAUUUCUCAACUCUGUGCAGCCGUGAGCUCGCAAGCUGACAGCCAAGGCAACAUCUUGAGUAACCCUCCCGUCCUGUCUAUUUACAAAAGAGUGAGAAACAUCUCAGUGGAUUUGUUAUCUGCCCAUAAACAUGUCUGACAAACAGGUAAAGUAAUGGACUAUUUUACCCACCUUCUGCUGUUGACUUAUUUUCAAGUGAACUUCUGCUUUCAUUCAAACAUUCAAAUAGGCGCUUUGAAUAAGAAGCUAAUGUGUCCCGUGAUUCUGCUGACUGGUUUUUCUGUUAUAUAAAAAUCAAUGGACACAAUGGACAGGUUGGAGAAAUGUGCCCCAGAACAGGUAAAAUUUGUGCAAUGCACUUGGUCACUAUCAAAAUUAUUAAACUUUAUAUAAUUAGAUCAGACACUGGUAUUGAUCUUCAGGACUAAAAAUAGCAGACAAAAUUUGCUUUAGCUGAGUAUUUAACUGUCAGUUACCUAAUAAUAGGACAGCUUUGUUAGCUGUCAUGUGGCUCAUCUGUCACAGGGAACAGCUAAAGUCCAAUGUCAAUCACUUCCACGACCUGUACUUUGGUCAAUCACCAUAACGAUAAGAGGGUGCCGGCCUGCAUAUCAGCUCCAAGCGAUAAGGGUUCACUCGAGUGUUUACACUGCAGGCAUGGUUGAGACUAAGAUCGUGGUGAACUCUUUAAACAAAGGGGCAGGGGUACGGGGCAGCCCCAUCAGCCCAUUUUCUUCCUCUAUGACCACCAUUAGCUCGUAGACUCCUCCUUACAGGCAUGACAGCUUUCAGGCCGUGAGAUAGAUGGGUUAAGCAUUAAACCUGUGGACUACUCUUUAAUACACACACACAUACAUACAUACAUGCAUGUACACUGAAAUGCACACACUCUGAUCAUACAAACUGUUAGAGCUGGAUGUUAAACUGCUGUCUGGAAAUCUGCAUGGAAGACUUCAAGUUUUGCUGAUGAGGAAGUUUGAUGAGUGAGAGUGCCGCCAGCCUCCUCCCAUCACCACAAUGGUCGACAUGGAGACCCAUUACCAUCCCCCCUCUCCCCUGGAGGACUCGGUGCUGGGCAGUCCCCUGUGUGCUGAUGACGAUUUCAUGGGUAGCAUGGAGCAGCUCCAGGACAUCUCCCAAUCCAUCAGCGACGACGCUCUUAGCUCAUUUGGUGUCCCAAAAUACCAAUCCUCCAGCAACGGCUCUGAUGGGUCCACCGUCCUCGAUGCGCUUACGCCAGCAUCCAGCCCAUCAUCGGUUGUUUAUGGCGUGGUGGCUGGCCAGGAGGAAUUGUCAUCUUCAUCCACAUCACUGAACCUGGAGUGCCGAGUGUGUUCUGACCGCGCCUCGGGCUACCACUACGGAGUCCAUGCCUGCGAGGGCUGCAAGGGUUUUUUUCGCCGGACCAUCCGUCUGAAGCUGGAGUAUGACAAGUGUGAACGUCGCUGCAAAAUCCAAAAAAAGAACCGCAACAAGUGCCAAUACUGCCGCUUCCAGAAGUGCCUGUCAGUGGGAAUGUCCCACAAUGCCAUCCGGUUUGGUCGGAUGCCCCAGUCAGAGAAGCUCAAACUAAAGGCGGAGAUGGUGACGGUGGACAAAGAGGUGGAAAACCCCCAGCUAGCUGACCAGAAGACCCUGGCCAAGCACAUUUAUGAGGCUUACCUGAAGAACUUCAACAUGAACAAGGCCAAGGCUCGAUCCAUUCUCAUGGGCAAGACCAACACUGCUCCUUUUGUCAUUCACGACAUGGAGACCCUCCAGCUGGCAGAGCAGACACUGGCGGCCAAGAUGGUCGGCUCCGUGGGAGCGAUGAAGGACAAGGAGGUGGAGGUUCGGAUUUUCCACUGCUGCCAGUGCACGUCGGUGGAAACCGUCACGGAGCUCACAGAGUUUGCAAAGUCCGUCCCCGGGUUCUCGAGCUUGGACCUCAACGAUCAGGUGACUCUUUUGAAAUACGGAGUGUACGAAGCCAUUUUCGCCAUGCUUGCCUCCAGUAUGAACAAGGAUGGGCUUCUUGUAGCGUACGGCUCAGGCUUCAUCACCCGGGAAUUCCUCAAGAGCCUGCGUCGACCGUUCAGCGACAUGAUGGAGCCAAAGUUCCAGUUUGCCAUGAAGUUUAAUGCGCUGGAGUUGGACGACAGUGAUCUGGCUCUCUUUGUGGCUGCCAUCAUCUGCUGUGGCGACCGGCCAGGCCUGGUGAAUGUGGCACACAUCGAGGUGAUGCAGGAGAGCAUCGUCCAGGUCCUGCAGCUCCAUCUGCUGGCCAAUCACCCCGAUGACACUUUCCUCUUCCCCAAGCUGCUGCAGAAACUAGCUGACCUGAGGCAGUUAGUCACUGAGCACGCACAGCUUGUGCAGGAGAUCAAAAAGACAGAGGACACCUCACUGCAUCCGCUCCUGCAGGAGAUCUACAGAGACAUGUACUGAAGACUUUGGAGGUAUAACCACAGUAGGAAAACAAGAAACCAUCUCCUUCUGAGCGGGGACUUGAAAAGAAGAGGAGACGUCCACAUACUGGGUUUGAACCACUUAACCUCUGACCCUAAAGGGUUAGCUUUGGUGUCUGUCCAGUGUAAGGGAACCUAAAGGUGAAGAAAAAGGAGGCUGAUGAUUCAUUUGAUUUGACAAAGUGCUUUCCACUUCAUUGUGUGUGAAUCUUAUCAGGCAGAAGAAUCAUGUAUGCUAAGAUACUUUGUACAGCUGAUUGAGCCCCUGUCCAGACACCACUGAAUGCAAUCUCUGACCAAACUCUAAAUGUUCUUUUUUCCAUAUUUUUUUUAAAACGUCUGUAAGGUCACCUCCUUGGUGGAACCCUGAGGUAACCCUAAUUUGAAGAACAAAAGUGAACUUUAUAAUUGCCACUCCAGCCGAUUGUUUUACAGCAACGAGCCAUAUGCCCGAAUAACUUAAUAACAGCAGCAAUUAUGCAGUUUAAAUCAAGGCAGCUUCUCCUCAAUUGGCUACCAAAAUGUGGCCGGUUGAGGAGCCAGUGGUUAUGAGCACGCCAGCCCGCCACCGUGAUUCUCAAGCUUUUCUGUGGAGUCACGUCCUGAACAUAACCAUUUUAUCUGUACGUCAUGUCCCCGAAGUCAUACUUCUUAAUGACACAGUAGAAAUUGCCAUCAUCAUUAUUAUUAUUAUUUUAUUUUAUUUUAAUAUUCUUAACAAGAAAUACGACUUAGUGCUUAAGUUGUCCACAAACUGUACUGGGAAUGCUAUUUUUUUUUUUCUUCAAAUUAGGUAGCAGUGCCCAAAGUUCAGACUCACUGUGUACAUGCACCACAAUGCACUGAAGCACAAGCAUGCCUGUGAUAUGUUAAUGUGACACUUUUCUAAUGGAGGUUUCAAAGGACAAAAAAGACAUACACAGGUGUUUAGCACUCCCUCCUGAUGUGUGUUCUGGUAUUAAAGGGCUAACACUGUUAUUAACCACAAUACAACUCUGACACGGGCGACACAUGAAUUCACUCAGCGAAUCUCUCUCUCUCUCUCUCUGUUAUUGUGUUUAACUGUCUGUUUGGUCCUCAUAACACACGUGUUAGUUAAGAUUUAACAAUCUUAUGUGCACAUUUUUCCCUGAUGAAAAUGUAAUUGUUUUUAUUUUUCCCAGCUAAGAGAAAACCACAGUGAUGAGGCCUCAUUGGUGAAACAUCUAGUUUGUUAGUUGAAAGGUUGUCACACUUUCAUUUGUUUAGUUUUCUCUGUGAAAUCACUUGGCCAGUUAUAGAAGACCGUCAAUCUGGACGUAUGCAGGUAAAAGAAAAAUGAGUCCGUAGCCCUUUUCCUACUCAGUUAUUCUCUGGCUUUGGUGUUUUUUGCUAUCUAACAAAAUAGGGACAUUUCCAUGUGAAAGUGCCGCUCCUGCAUUUUGUUGUCACACUGCCUUUAAUAUAAAAUACAUACGGUGGACAUCAGAGGACCUAUGUUAAGGGAAUGCUGAAAACAUGCAUAGUUUUCUGAUAGUUCGGAUCAUACACAUCUGACUCUCUGUGAGAGGGCGCUACUCCUUUUCUGCCUCAUCACUCACACUGUCCUGAAAUGAUCAUUGAAUUCAGAGAAAUGUUCCUUAUGUUUGUAACACAUCGCAACAUCAGAGCGGGCUUUACAUAACUGAAGCUUUCACACUGACUGCUCACCCCAGCUUUUAACUCUCGUGGUAAACAAGGUACUAAUGAUGAUUGACUUUUGUAUUCGUAAGUUGGGUGAAUACUUUCAGAUGUUUGAAUAUUUACAGUAAAUGUUGUUAUCUACUGUUUUGUUUUGUUCUUGGUCUAAAUGCGUCAUGCUUGUCUUUGAAUCGAAUCGUAUUUUUAUACUGAAGUAUGAAUAUAUAAUAUAUAUAUAACAAAAUCUCACAUGUGUUUAGUUGAAAUGGCACAGCUGAAGAGUACAUUGUAAAUAGACUUAAGGUGUAACAGGGCAACUGGUAAUCUGCAUAUCCAUAGAUCUGAAUUUUUGAAAUGGAGAGUCAUCUAGACCAUAAUGUGCAUUCAGUUCCUUCAAGUUGCACUUCGUUUAUCUGUCGAAUUAAGCACUAGAAUUUUAAACUGUAAGCAUGCAUGGUCUGCGCAGGGCUACACUAGCUUACAUGUUUGAGUGGUUAGUUAUAAACUUGACCUCUGUGACCUUUUGAUUACCAUGAAGAGUAAAAAGGAACAAAACAUUUCAUAGGAAAUGUGAAGGCACAGCUUAGCACUGAUCAUCCAGUACUAAUCCCUUCUUCUAAUGCUUCUAUCUCAGGUUGUACAUAAGAAAACAAAGGGGGUAAUAUAUGCACAGAUUGGGGGGGUGGGGGGGGUCACAUAAUAUCUCUGUUGGUUUAUAGAGAAACUGAAUGCACUCGUAAUGUAAUUUGCCAUUAAAUCACAUGCUAUAGCAGUAAAUGUGUUGCAGUAAUGAGAAAAACACGUAUAUUGUUUUACAAUUCUGAUCUCAUCGUGCUUUUUCUCUUUGUUUUUGUCUGACUUUUCUCACUCGCUGCUAUAUUGUACUAACUUACCAAGCAUUUCUUAUGCCAUAAGUAGAUUACUGAUCUUUAAACUGCCUCUACUUGCAUAUAUCUGGUCACAGAAUGUCAGACCCACUUCAGCGCAGCUCAGUUUUUAACCUUGCAGAUUUCCUGGGACUCGCUCAUCCCAGGUGUGCUCGGGGAAAAAACCACAAACCUGUGUGUGCCUUAGUGUGUGCCAUAAAACACCAGAUUUAAAAAAAAUAAAUAAAAUAAAAAAAGUUUCUUGCACACACACUUGUAAACUGUUGGCAUCUUCAGCUAGAUUUAGCUGUUUGUGACACAAAAGGGUCCCACAGGCUGGAAAAUAAUGUCACUGUACAUUCUAUACAAUGUGCACCCUUCUGGGCAGUAACAGUGAAGGAUUUGCUUUUCAAAAAUACAGACUUUUUAAAUGUUAAACAUAAAAAAAAAACUGCUAGAAACUUUAUCAACAAGGCAACUCAAAAUGUCAACAAGAUGUCAUGUAAAUUUGCAAAGUCAGCUUUCCCUUAAGAAUGUCUUUUUUGUGUGUUGAACUGUCAAGGGACUUUUAAACUUUUAUCAGGGAAUCGUAGUCUUCCUUUGUUGAACUAGCUCAGGAUAUAGGACAGUACUGUUUUCCCUUCCUCAUUCACUCUGGAGUGAGUAUAGAGUGCUCUGCCUUACAAUACGCAUACACCAACAACAAUACAGAUUAAGAUUACCUUUAUUUUUGUUUUUCCUGAACUGAAAGAAAGAAAAGAAAAACUUGGGCUUACUUGGGGCAGCAGUUAUAGGAUUUAGAAACGUGAUUUUUUUUCUCUCCUGAGUUAAACUUGUUUCUGUGGCUGUAGUGUCAUGCAAAGAGACCAUGGAGUCUCCCUUUCGAUGUGUCGUUAAUGUGUACUGUGGCUUGAUAACAAUACUGUAAAUGUUUGAUGAAUGUAUAUUUAGUCAUUUAAACGAUGAAACAAAUUGAGAUUGAAUGGAUUUAAAAAUAAAGUGAUUUUAAAAUCUG